AUGGAUCAGGCAAAGUUGGCUCGGAUGCAGGCUAGCGUGCGGAUUGGAAACCCUCCAUCCGGACCCCGUGCUAACCGCAACAGAGGCAAGGGUACUCCCCGCCGCAAGGUCAAGAAGGUCCACAAGUCCUCCGGCGCCGAUGACAAGAAGCUCCAAGCCACCCUGAAGAAGAUGAACGUGCAGCCCAUCCCCGCCGUCGAGGAGGUCAACAUGUUCAAGGAGGACGGCAACGUCAUCCACUUCGGCAACCCCCGCGUCCACGCCUCCGUCCCCUCCAACACCUUCGCCCUCUACGGUAACGGCGAGGAGAAGGAGCUCACCGAGCUCGUCCCCGGUAUCCUCAACCAGCUCGGCCCCGACAGCCUGGCCUCCCUGCGCAAGCUCGCCGAGUCCUACCAGAACAUGCAGAAGAACCAGGCCGGCGCCGAGGGCAAGAAGGACGACGAGGAGGAUGAUAUCCCCGAUCUGGUCGAGGGCCAGGACUUUGAGAGCAAGGUCGAGUAA